AAUCACAUAUAUAAUAAAUUGAAUCAAACACACUUUUGAGUUGUCAGUUUUCCAGUUUAUGCUUUUAUGAGCCAUUCUUGGCAGCUGCUGUUGGUCGUGUCACUUGGUUUGGCAUCCUCAGUUGCCUGUUUUGUGGCUGGUGUUUACUUUCAGCAUAGCCAUGCAACACGGCUGUUGCACAAGCUGGUUCAAAGAGAUCCCUAUGCCUGCUAUAUCAGUCCAAAGAUCUAUAAAGCGUUUUGCUUUUUCGACACCGAGGACGGAACGGCGCAUCGCGUGCAGCGAAUCAUGAAGUACGGCUUUCCUGGAUUGGAUGAUGUGAGAUUCUACAGUGACUUUGUGCUCUCCUAUGAUCGUCGCAAUCGUGUCGCCCACUGGGUUUGCGAACAUUUGCAAAAGUCGAAUGUGCAAGGAUUGCGAGGCGUUGGACGGGGUCGCGCCAACUAUCGGUCAGAUUGGAGUGUACCUUCCAAUUUUCGUUCGACGCUAGCCGAUUAUCGACACUCUGGUUUUGAUCGUGGUCAUCUGGCUGCUGCGGCGAAUCAUCGCGACAAGCAAAGCCACUGCAAUGAGACUUUUUUGCUGACGAACAUUGCGCCCCAAAUCGGGCAGGGUUUCAAUAGCGGUGCCUGGAAUAAGCUAGAGAUCUAUGUGAGGGAGCUAGCCCAGCACUUCGGAUCAGUCUAUGUGUGCACGGGUCCUCUGUUCAAGCCCCGACCUCAAGGCGGUGAUAAAUGGAACGUGGAAUACCAAAUGAUUGGCUCGAACAUGGUCGCGGUGCCCACACAUUUCUUCAAAGUGAUCAUGCUGGAAUCCAAGUUGCCGCUGGGCAAACCCUACAUGGAGGCCUAUGUGCUGCCCAAUGCAACUCUACCGGAGAAACUGGAGCUGCGCCAGUUCCUGUGCGACAUACGCGAGAUUGAGCACUACGCGGGUCUCGAUUUCUUUCAGGGCAUCCGUAGAAGUGAUAUCUUCGGCAGCAACUAUCCGAAUGAAUCGCAAGUUUUUCGAGAUUUUAACUAAAUUUAUUGUGAUGGAAUUAUAUAUAAUAAAUAUAAAAAUAUAGCGCUACUGACAGA